UAAAGCUAUCAGAUCGAACGUAAUCUAAAACGUCGUCAAACUUUAGGAUUUAUUUUCAAUUUCUUAAUUUCAGUUGUCAUUAGUUUAAUUAUGGAAUAUAUCAUCUGAAAUUUACCAGGAUAUAUAAGUUCUAAUUAUUAAAAAUGAUUGGACAUCAGUAGUACAACAAUCAUUCAUAAAUUGGUAGACUAGUAACAAAAUAUUAACGUUACAUUCCAAUUAUAAAACUUCUAUGUUUUUGUGAAACAAAAUAAGUUACACUACUGCCUACAAAACACGAUGGUCAUAAGAAGAUACACAUAGUCUAUUCAACUCCUAAGGCUGCACGAUCUUAAUACUUGGAAGCAUGUUAAAUGAAUAUACAUUCAUCGCAUUAUCGAAAGCGUGCGAACACAAACACAAUCUGUUCUAAUAAAUAAUAAAACAAAUCAGAUAAUUCCAACUGUUCAGAAUCAUCACCAACCCUUACAUAACAAAUAUUUCAUUUCUCAAUCCUUCGACUCAACUUCAAUGGGCAAACCGGAGAGGAAAGCCAGAGAGAAGACAUGCUCUUCUUCGUCGUCUUAUCUUCUUCGCUGCUUCGGUAUUUCCCGGAAAAUACACUCUCACAAACAAAUGCUAGACGACGGCGCCGGCGGUCAAGAGAAGAAGAAGAAAACAAGGAGUCGUUGGUUUUCUCGAGCGACAGCAUUCCGUGUGAAAAACUGCGAGAUCACAACGACGACGAUUUGUGAGACGAAGAAACAUAACUUGACUAUUGAAGAUGAUAAGCAAAACCUGUUUCGGGUGAUACGUCAAGUUACUGAUCCGAAGAACAUAACUGCCGUUGGACAACAUGAAACGAAAGAGAAGUUGACAAGUUUUUUUCACAUUCCACAUAAAAACACGAGUCAGCAAAGAGACAUAAACCCGGAACCGUUGACUUUAUCAGGAUACGACAUGUGUUGCGAACAGGCAUCCGUUCGUGUCGGGAAACUCGAACCGACUAAACCUGUCGGGUCCGGGCCAAAUCGGGAGAAAAGUUCUCGGGUCAGAAAAGCAUCGCGGGUUGACCCGGUGAUUGGGAUAUCAAUCAUAAUGCUAACGCUAAUGAUCAUGUUGAUGUGGGGACGUUUGUGUGCGGUUCUUUGUACAUGUACUUGGUGUUACUUUCUCCCUCGUCUCAAACGCAAACGCAUUGAUGGCGGUAAAGCUGAAGGCAAAGAUGUUUUGGAUUUGAACUCUGCGGCUUAUAAGAAAAAAAUCGUUUUGGAUGGAUUUCUGGUACGGCAGCAACGCCGCGUUUUGAUCUGACCACGUUUUGAUAUCUUUUCUAAUUUUUGUUUAUUUAUUACUAUUGCUUUUUCUUAGUUGUAAUUUCCGUUUAUUCAUUGCUUUUGUACAUGCCAUAACAACUGAUAUUACUCAUUCAUCAUGCAUGUACGCACAUUUCUAUUUACAUUUGUCUAUAUAUUGUACUCUCUGUUUCAUAGUAUAAAUAGUUUUAAAAUGUUUCGUUUAUUUCAAAAUAUAAACUAUUUCCACAUUUUAUGCAACUUUCGUAUAUUAUAUAUUGUAACAUAUCUAAUUUAUAUAUUUAAUGAUACUUUUCUAAUAGUGACAAUUUUCUUAACUUUCGUGCUUUUAACUAAAACUAUUUAUAUCAUGAAACAUAGUGAGUCUUGUUAACACCUUUUGACGUAAAACCUUUGAAUUAACUUUUACUAACGGUGCAAAUAUCCUAUGUAGAUUGAUCUAUUGAUUAUAACUGUUGAUUACAAAGCUAUUGAUUAGUCUGGUAAAACAACAUUUUCUAGCAUAAUAUACCAACGUUUAAUUUCAGACUUCAGUGAUCUGGCUUUAAUUUACUUUGUCCAAGAAUCUAAACAAUGAAGGCCGUUCUGAGGUAAUGGUCGAUCUAUCAGUGACGAAAAAACUAACCUCACAACCUGAGAAACUCGAUUGAUAAGAGGAGACAACAAUCAUCUAAAGCCUAGUAGUUCCCACCAAGACCUGCAACUCUCAGCUCCCGAACCAAUCUCAGAAUCUCAA